AUGAGACAUUCUUAUCCUUGGUGGGCGGGCGUUGGGCACAUGGGCGUGGCCAGUUCCGGUGAGCGGCGGGUGGCCGGGGUGCUGCCCCACCCGCGCGCCCCCCCAACGGACUCCCCCGCCCUGGGUGUUGACGCGGGCCAGCACAAGCCCCCACCUGCCGGCGACGCUGAUGGAGCACUCGCAGGAGAGAGUGUGCCUGUUGCUGCCGUGGCCCCCCGCACACCCACGGCCUCCCCUGGCGCACCCGGGGGGCCCCCUGGACCCCCAAAUUCUACAGGCGUGGUGGACGACGGGCGGGAGUCGUGGGGAAAGUCCAUGGACUUCUUGCUCUCCAUCAUCGGUUUCGCUGUGGACCUGGCUAACGUGUGGCGCUUCCCCUUCCUGUGUUACCGCAACGGUGGAGGUGCCUUCCUAUUUCCCUACUUCCUGAUCACAGUCUUCGGGGCGCUGCCGCUCUUCUUCAUGGAGUUGGUGCUCGGCCAGUACAACCGCCAGGGACCCAUUACCGUAUGGAAAGUGUGCCCCUUGUUCAGAGGCGUUGGCUACUGCGCCGUGCUGGUGGCCUACUUCGUCAGUUUCUACUACAACGUGAUCAUCGCCUGGUCCAUCCACUUCGUCUACGCCUCCUUCAGCUACGUGCUGCCCUGGACGUCGUGCAACAACACCUGGAACACCGAUGACUGCUGGGACGGCCUCACCUCAGACGAGCCCAAGCCUAACUCUACUUCCUUGAUGUCACCCUCUGAGGAGUACUUCAAUUACGUGGUGCUACAGAUGGACAAGAGCGACGGGAUAGACGACCUCGGACCGCCCCAGCCAAGCCUCGUCAUCUGCGGCCUCAUCACUUACUUCAUCCUUUACCUGUCGCUCUUCAAGGGAGUCAAAUCCUCAGGCAAAGUGGUAUGGGUGACCGCGACGAUGCCCUACGUGAUCAUGACCGUGCUGCUGAUUCGAGGGGCGUUGCUCCCCGGGGCUGCUGACGGCCUCCUGUACUACAUCAAGCCGUCUAUCUCGGCCCUCUCCAAGCCGCAGGUGUGGUACGAGGCAGCUCAACAGGUGUUCUUCUCGGUUGGCGCUGGCUUCGGCGUCCAUCUGUCUUACGCCUCUUACAACAACUUCAACAACAACUGUUACCGCGACUGCCUCAUCACCAGUCUCGUCAACGCAUUCACGAGCUUCUACUCCGGACUCGUCAUUUUCACGUAUCUUGGCUACAUGGCCUUCAAGCAGAAGACAGACAUCGGGACAGUGGCCACGGACGGUCCCGGUCUGGUGUUCCAGGUCUACCCCGAGGCCGUGGCGACGCUCCCUGGCUCGCAGUUCUGGUCGUGUCUCUUCUUCCUUAUGCUGAUCUCCCUCGGUCUCGACUCUGGGAUGGGCGGGUUGGAGUGCGUGAUCACCGGAAUGAUGGACGAACUGCGCCUAACCUUCGGAUGGAAGACCAUAAGGAGAGAGUUCUUCACCGCCUUGGUCGUCACGUCGUCCUUCCUCGUGUCUAUUGCUAAUUUCUGUCAGGAGGAGGAUGGGUCCCUAACAACCCAACCCUCAACUAAGCCAAGCCAUUUUCUCCAGGGCGGAAUGUACGUGUUUCACUGGCUGGACACGUAUGCUGCUGGAAUAUCGCUUCUAUGCUCAGCCCUAUUCGAGGCCGUUGCUGUUUCCUGGUUUUAUGGACUGCGACGGUUUAGUGCAGACAUCCAACACAUGCUCGGGUUUCGCUCCAUGCUCUACUGGCGAGUCUGCUGGAAGUUCGUGUCUCCUCUCUUCAUCCUUAUCAUCGUCAUCGGACUUCAAUCACAAGCCUCCAGCAAACUCGAGUACCACGGCCCAAUACACUACACUUACCCUGCCUGGUCUGAGUCGGUAGGCUGGCUCAUCACCUCGACCUCGAUGUGUAUGAUUCCCCUGUGGAUGAUCAUUACCAUCUGUCGCCAACCAGGGAAUCUCCGGCAGAAACUGUUGCUGAGCAUCACGCCGGAAGCUGAACACCAUAAAAUCCUGGAGACAGGGGAAACUCCUAGUUUCGACUGGAAGCACUGGUUACACGUCUGA